AUCGCAGAGGUUUAGUUUAAAGCUGGAGUAAGUCAAAGUAAUGGAAUAAAGUAUGUACUAAAUAUUCGAAAUGAAUUUAAUAAAACAUCAACAAAAUGGUAGAACUUAUUGACAAAGAGUAUGUAUGUAUAUAUACAGAAGAAUGAUGAUUGAUGAAGAUGGUUAAGUGGAACUUGGGAUUCAAGGAACACUCCUGGCAAAUACAACGCAUCUAUGCCUACACCAACAAGCAACGGUCAUGCCUCUCGCAUGCAGAUUCAAGAACCAAGAAUAAUGUCUCCUCUUCCUCCUUCUUCUUCUCCAUUCGCCUUCAAGGUAUUUCUCUCUUUUGAAUCAAGAAUCAGGAAACACCUUGAUCUCUGUAUCUUCUCUCUCUCUGGGUUCUGUUUUGCUUUCUACUUUAUGCUCUCUGUUUUGAUCCUCUCUCGUUGACUUCCAUCACUAUUUCUUGACUCAAGAACAAAACCAAGACCCAGCUUCUCUUUUGUCUCUUCUUGUUUUCUUCAUGGUGCUUUUUACUUGCAUGUUCAUAACGAAUUCACAUUAAUCAGCUUUGAAUAACCUGUUGAUGAGACACCAUUUUGUUUCUUUUUUUUUGCAGGAACAACAAGGUAGACCACCUCCAACAACACAACAAACCAUAGCAGGAAAACUCUUUAGAACUCUUUUCAAGGGUCUUCUCUUCUCACAACUAACCUUAAUCUCACUUUUGGUGAUCGUUCUCACCAUUCGCGGUCUCAUCUCAGCAAGUACACACCAUUUCCACCUCAAGAAAUGGUACCCUCCUUUACUAGCAUCUGUUGCUGUCUCAGGAAUUGCAUCUUUAGCAUGGCAAUGCAUCUUUAUCUACAAUCCAUCAAGAGCAGUCAAAGCAACGUUCUGGCUUAGCCCAAUACUCACCUGCUCGGUAGGAAUCUUGCUUGUUUUGAUUGGCUCAGCGGUAGAUGCAGGUAUAGGUGCAGUGUUUGUCCUUUUCGCCAUUACUCAGUCCCUCUAUGGUUGCUGGAUUACUCCGAGGCUUGAGUACACCGAUAAAAUAUUAUCACUUGCCACAGCAUUUCCACCUGCAAGAACCAGAGAAGUAGUCUGCUUAUCAAUCAUAGUCAGUGUCGUUUACUCUGGUUUCUUGGUGACUGGAAUUGGAGGAGCAACUUCCACUAGAACAAAUCUUGAUAUCUUGUUCAUAUCCGUAAUCAUAAUAAGCUUAGCAUGGACGAUGCAAGUUAUCAAGAAUGUUCAACAAGUUGCGAUUUCACGGGCGAGAUAUGUAAACUUUGCACAUGGAGAAGAUAUGGACGCUUGGAAUGCUUUCCGCAUCACUAUGAAACACUUGACUGGGAGCAUCUGCGUUGGCUCGACGCUUGUUCCAAUCAUCGUAUUCAUAAGAGGAUCAAUAAGAAGUGUUAAUCUAAUGUCAGGGAGCAGCGAUGAGGUCAUGUAUUCAGGUGCUGAUUGCUUCUCUACCAUUGCUAACAAACUCAUUACACUUGGAAACAGAUGGGGCUUUGUACAUGUUGGAACCUAUGAUAAAGGAUUCAUGGAGGCUUCGAGUGAUACCUGGAAGAAGUUCAGAAGCACAACAGGGUUGGAGAAACUGAUUGACUCGGAUCUCACUAGCUCCUUCUGUUUUCUCAGUGCUGUUUCUGUUGGAGCUGUCUCUUCAUUAACUGCUGGGAUAUGGAUGUUGUUAAUACACAAGGACUAUGCCCUGGAAGUGACUCUCUAUGCUUUCAUAAUUGGAUAUUUUGUGGGAAGGGUAGGUUUGGCGUGGCUACAGGCAUGUGUAUUGGCUUACUAUGUAGCUUAUUCUGAAGAUCCUCAGAGCAUGAGAUUUGAUGGAACAAUUCCACAACGUAUUCAGCGUCUUCAAAUGUUAAGUGCUCACCGAGAUAACAGGGAGCUUGAGGUGGGUAGAGACAGAGAAGAAGAUAGUUAUAACAAUUGUUGAGUCAUGAAGGAGUCUCGCUACAUACAUGUAAAGAAAAACAAGGAUUACUACUUUAUUUCUUCAAACUUAUAGAUUCUUCUAUUGAUAGGCAAAAAUCUUAGCUUCAAUGUGUUUAUAUGUAUGCCAAAACUCCAACUAAAGAAAGAAUGCACAUACUUUUUCUCUCAACUUAGCAAUAUGUCCCAUUAUACAGUGGGACUUAAGAUUACUGAAAUUUUCAACACUUAGAAAUCUUGAGUUUUUAGCAUACUACCAAUUUACAGCAAAAAAUAACUAAAUUUGUUCCAUAUGUGACAGAAGUAUACUAGUGAUCAUAAUCACAAUCAUUAUCAACAUUAAGCACAAGUACAUUCUAAUGAUUAACGAAAAAACAAUAAUCUGAAGCAAUAGAAGGAAGAGAAGCUAC